CCCCGCUUUCCCGCCACACCCUCUCCCCCGCCGCCCCCCUCUCCCAUGGCGGCGCCGUCGGCGGCCACGCGCAGGAAACUGCAGCGCAAGUUCCGCCUGCGAGGCUUCACCCUCAAGGUGGACGCCCUCGAGGAGGCCGCCGCCUUCAUGGACCGCUUCCCCGACGCCGAGGACGACGCGCUCGACCUCCUCCUCGACGAGCUCGACAAGGAACCGCUGCAGUCGUCGAUACUGGAUCGGGACGCGGUCCGGCGCGUGGUGGCGCUGCUUGUCGAGGCCGAGGAGGCGCUCGAUGCGGCGUCGCCAGCGGUUACAAGCGCAAGGUCUGCGCUGCGAGUGGUGGACGCGUUCCUCGUGCCGCGGUUCCACUACGACCCAAUCAAGAAAGUGUUUUACGAGCACACAGGCAGAUUAGCUGUCCAUGGAGAAGCUGGCGAUAAAGCUUCCCUUUAUAGGGAUAGGUAUCAAGUGUUGCUUCAGAGGCUGGCUCGUGAUAAAUAUUUCUCUAAGCCAGCUUUUGACACAGUUGCGACCGAAGAUAGUAGUUGCGAGAUAACUUCUAUACAGUCGCUAAUUGGGUGCACUGGACGGAGAUGGAUUAUGGGGGUCAUUUCGCAGUUGGAGGAGCGACAGUUCUACUUGGAGGAUCUUACUGGAGCAGUUCCAAUUGACUUGUCAAAUGCCAAAAUCACGUCAGGUUUUUUCGUUGAAAAUACUGUAAUCGUAGCCGAAGGUGAGCUGCUUUCAAAUGGCAUUUUCCAGGUAAAUACAUGUGGAUUUCCUCCGCUGGAGGACAGGGAAGCGUCAGUUUCAUUGCUCAUGGGUCUUGAUUUCUUUGGGGGAGGUGUAAUACCAUCUGAAGAAGCACUAAGAUUAUCAUCACUGGAGAAAAAGGCUGUGAAUGAUAUGUUUGUCAUUCUUUCGGAUGUUUGGCUGGACAACCCUGAGACUAUGGAGAAGUUGGCUGUUGUACUUGACGGGUAUGAUAGUGUGGAAGUUGUGCCUUCCCUCUUUGUUUUAAUGGGCAAUUUCUGCUCUCGUCCUUGCAAUCUAGCGUUCAAUUCAUUCGAAGAACUCAGAUUUCAGUUUGGAAAGCUUGGCGAGAUGAUUGCAGCUCGAUCUAGAUUAAAGGAACAUAGUCGUUUCUUAUUCGUUCCUGGACCUGAUGAUGCAGGUCCUUCUAAAGCUCUGCCAAGGUGUGCACUUCCAAAAUAUCUAAUUGAAGAACUUCAGAAGCACAUACCAAAUGCAAUCUUCGUGAGCAAUCCCUGCAGGGUGAAGUUUUAUACACAAGAAAUUGUGUUUUUCCGGCAAGAUCUCCUUUACAGGAUGCGGCGGUCAUGUCUCAUUCCACCAACAACGGAAGAAACAAGUGACCCUUUUGAACACCUGGUAGCAACUAUCACCCAUCAGAGCCAUCUUUGUCCAUUGCCUCUUACUGUUCAACCUAUCAUAUGGAAUUAUGAUCAUUGCCUUCGGUUGUAUCCAACUCCUCACACGAUUGUAUUGGGUGACAAAAGCGAGCAGAAAGCCUUCAAAUACACUGGGAUCACUUGCUUUAAUCCAGGUUCGUUUGCUAAUGACAGCACCUUCGCAGCAUAUCGUCCUUGCACCAAAGAGGUUGAGCUUUCUGCGUUGGAAGGCUAACAUAAAGGGAAAAUAAACUGAGGUUCUCCAAUUUGAUGAAGUGUAAGUCUUUGGCAAACAAGUCGACAUAUAAAUUAAGGAACUGCCAUUUCCACACAAGGAACCGUGAAAAUGGCAUGACUUCCAUGAAGAUGUGGUGUUUCUAUGAAGAAAACUGAUGUUGACAUCUCAUCAUAGGCUCAGCAAAGCAGUAGGAGCAGCAAAUUGGUAUUUGUGCAGCAUCUCUAGAUGUUUGUAACAGUCUUUGACACUACAUGUUAAACCAAAAUAUUUUACUUGUACCAUUUAGUUUUUCAUUGUUGUAAAUCAUGGUAACAACUAACAAGACUACUUUCUGAAAGUGCUCAUAAUUGUUCUAUCUUCAUAAUUUGAUCACCCACCUUUCCAA